AUGGAUUUUGUUAUAGGACUUCUGAGGACGUCUAAAGAUCAUGAAGCGAUAUGGGUUAUAGUUGAUAGACUGACCAAGUCAGCUCACUUUCUGCCAGUUCGGAUGACUUAUGACAUAGACAAGUUUGCCCAAUUUUACAUUGGUGCAAUCGUCAGAUUGCACGGCAUACCGAUUUUGGCAGAGUCUGUAGAAAGCUAUGGGCACGAAGCUGCAUUUCAGUACCGCUUAUCACCCUCAGACAGAUGGAUAACCCUGAUUCGUGAACUGAUUCGAGUUGCACAGAACAGACAGAAAAGCAAUGCAGACAACAGGAGGAAGGACCUUGAAUUGGAUAAAGGUGACAUGGUGUUUCUUCGUGUGGCACCCAUGAAAGGUGUGAUGAGGCAGGCUCUCCCACCUGCCAUGAAGAACAUCCACAACACCUUCCAUGUAUCAAUGCUGAAGAAAUAUGUUCAUGAUCCUUCACACACACUAAACUACGAACCACUCGAUCUAAAGGUGGACAUGACCUAUGAAGAAAAGCCAGUUCAGAUUUUAGAUCGGAAGGAUCAAGUGCUUCGCAAUCGAUCAAUACCCCUAGUCAAGGUGCUUUGGAGAAAUCAUGCCAUUGAAGAAGCAUCUUGGGAAUGGGAGGAAGAUAUACGAGCUAAAUACCCUGAGAUAUUUACAAACUGA